UGCUCGUCGGCCGCGGCGCUACUCUGCAAAGGGGAAAACAGAAAUUUCCGCUUCCUGCACCGAUAAACAACUAACGCAACUUAACAAAACAUUUGCAGCGAGUUCUUCGGUAACAGCGGAUAUAACUGCACACCCGCACCGCGAGAUCAGACGAAUCUCGAUCCUCGUGGACGGAUGAUUCUCGUGCAGUCACUGUUAGAGGAUCUGCGCUUCAUCAACUCGCCGUUUUACUGGGCUUUUCUUUGACUGUUUUUAAACAUAAGGUACCCCCAGUAUGUCGGAGCGCGGAGGGCUCCCGAGGACUGGAGGCGUACCGUCUCCGCAGCCCUCCAAACCGGUGGCGAUCACCUCCAAUCGCCCGGUGCACAUGAACCUGUACGCCACCUGGGAAGUGGACCGAUCGUCCCCGAGCUGCGUGCCGAGGCUCUUUAACCUGACGUUGAAGAAGCUGGUGAUGCUGAAAGAGCUGGAAAAAGACUUGACCUCUGUGGUCAUCGCCGUCAAACUCCAGGGCUCAAAGCGAAUCCUUCGUUCUAAUGAGAUCCUGUUGCCAUCGACCGGUCAGACAGAAACCGACCUGCAGCUCACAUUCUCAUUACAGUAUCCUCACUUCCUUAAACGAGACGCCAACAAACUUCAGAUUAUGCUGCAGAGGAGGAAGAGAUACAAGAACAGAACAAUCCUGGGCUACAAGACUCUCGCCCUCGGCCUCAUCAACAUGGCGGAGGUGAUGCAGCACCCGACCGAGGGUGCUCAAGUUCUGGGUUUGCACAGUCAGCUGAAGGAUGUGUCAGUCCCUGUCGCUGAGAUCAGAGUUUAUUCUCUCUCCAGUCAACCCAUCGACCACGAGGGGCCAAAAGCCAAGAUGAAUGAUCGAUCUCCAGACAUUGAUAACUACUCGGAGGAAGAAGAGGAGAGCUACUCGUCCGAGCAGGAGGGCAGCGAUGACCCCGUUCACCAUUAUCUAGAUGACGAAGAGGAGGAGGUUAGGAAGAAGAAACCCAGACGCAAACUCACUUCCAACGCAUCCAUCACUAGACAACCGAACAUCAAGCAGAAGUUUGUGGCCCUGCUGAAAAGGUUUAAGGUGUCAGAUGAGGUGGGCUUUGGGCUAGAGCACGUGUCCCGCGAGCAGAUCCAAGAAGUGGAGGAGGAUCUGGAUGAACUCUACGACAGUCUGGAAAUGUACAACCCCAGCGACAGCGGCCCUGAAAUGGAAGAGACGGACAGCAUCCUCAGCACUCCAAAACCCAAGCUCAGACCUUUCUUCGAGGGAAUGUCUCAGUCAAGCUCUCAGACAGAAAUCGGCAGCUUGAACAGUAAAGGGAGCCUGAGCAGAGACCCAUUCAGCCCUCAGGGGGAGCAGCCACCGUCAGAUAAACUCAAACACUCCCGCAGCCGCAACCUGGAGGAGCCGCUGUCUGAGACCGACACUCUGGAACUCAAUGAUCAAGACUUGUUUACUGAAGGCGGCCCAUCCAUAACGGUGUCCGUGGCUGAAAAACCUCGUACACCAUUAAAAACCAGCAAGAAUGAGACUCAGCCCAUGCCGUCGCCCAGGCUGGACGGAGGACACACGCCCCGGAAGCGCAGCACUCCUCAGAAGGACCGUCAGCUCACGAAACCGCUGAGCGAACGAACCAACAGCUCAGACAGUGAGAGAUCACCUGAGCUCGGCCACAGCACACAGGUCCUCAGGAAGGCUGUGUAUGAUCAAUUGAAUCAGAUUCUGUUAUCUGAUACAGCUCUUCCUGAAAGUCUCAUUUUGGUCAAUGGCACUGACUGGCAAGGACAGUAUGUUGCAGAACAUUUGCAGGUCCAGAAGCAUCCUGUGGUGUGUACGUGUUCUGGUGCAGAGAUUCAGGCAGUUCUGUCUGCUCUGCUUACACGGAUACAAAAGUUUUGCAACUGUAACUCCUCUAUGCCGCGGCCUGUGAAGGUGGCGGUGGUCGGGGGUCAGAGUUAUCUUGGCUCUGUCCUGCAGUUCUUUGUCACUCAGCUGGCCAAUAAGACAUCUGAUUGGCUCAAUCACAUCCGCUUCCUGGUUGUGCCUCUGGGUUCUCAUCCUGUUGCUAAGCACCUGGGCGCCCUUGACAACCGCUACAGUGCAGCAUUUCUGGAUGGCGCGUGGAGAGACCUGUUCAACCGAUCUGAACCUCCACAGACAGAUUCGAUGGAUGUAGCGGCUCGUAUCGCUCAGUACAUCAGUGGUGCAGUUCUCACUCACCAGCUGCCCAUUGCCGAAGCCAUGCUCACCUGCAAGCACAGAACAAGGGAUGAAGAUUCCUACCAGAAAUUUAUCCCUUUUAUUGGGGUGGUGAAAGUGGGAUUGAUUGAGCCGGGCCAGUCAGCCGCAGGUGACACAGAGGAGGGUGUUGUUGUGACCUUGGCUGUCCCCUCCACCUCUCCACCCUCCCACGGUUCACCUGCCAGUCUAAAAGAGACAGCCACGCCCCCUUCCUCUCCAUCGAUGGGCGGAGGUUUGGCCGUACAGGGGAGUCCUAGCAUGUCUCACGGGGUGGACGCCAUUGGGCUGCAGGUGGAUUACUGGCUGGCAUCUCUGGCUGACAAGCGUCGAGAAGGAGAGAGGAGAGACACGGGUUGUAAAAACACUCUGAAAAGCGCCUUCUGGUCCCUGCAGGUCACCCGAUUGCCAGGAGGGGGAGCCAGCGAGCCUCAAGCCCCUGUCAACACAAUGGCCAUGACUGUGGUCACCAAAGAGAAAAACAAGAAAGUUCCUACUAUUUUCUUGGGGAAGAAACCUAAAGAGAAAGAGAUGGACUCGAAGAGUCAAGUCAUUGAGGGCAUCAGCAGGCUCAUCUGUUCAGCCAAACAGCAGCCGACCAUUCUGAAAGUUACCAUUGAUGGCGGCGAGUGGAAUGACGUGAAGUUCUUCCAGUUAGCAGCUCAGUGGCCGACUCACGUCAAGUAUCUCCCGGUUGGAUUGUUUGGCUACGGCAAACCACCGUCCUAGGAUGGCCGGCAGCUUUCUAACCCGCCUCUUCAACCCUCAACCUACACCCCAUUGCACACCAUCACCGCCACUCAGAAUGCCGGCCAAAUGCAGUUGUGUGACAUGACUGCGUUAUGGUGUGUAGGUGUAGUUGAAGACCGAUUCGCUGGGUUCAUAGACUUUUAUCGGCGCUAGUCACUUUUAUUUAUCGAAAGGUCCCAAAGCCACAUAUGGGGGCCAAGCACAAAAUUUUAAACCAACCAUCGACCUGAUCACUAACAGCACGAUAUGGCAUCAAUUACAUGAAAACCUGCAUAUGACCACAUUGGAUUUAGCAUUAUUGCGUCAUUGUUAAAGCAUAACUUAUAAAAGCAGUUUGACCCUUUGGGAACCAUGGUAACCAUAGUUUCUGCUAAAAUAUCACAGUUACUACAGUCAUUUUUCUUUUGCUCGAGAAGCUUGUUUAUAACAUCAGAGGCCACUACACAGUAGAGAAAGUUAUUAUAUUUGACAUGCGAUGUAGUGUGUGACCACUCUGGUUUUAUGAAAUGACCGUUUUUUUGUGGGAUUUUGUCAAAAACGAUGGUUUAUUUUCGCAAGGGAAAAUUUCCUGAUGUCGUUUUGUCUCACUUGAGCAUAGACGAGAAUUGCAAAACUUCUCACCGACGUUUGGAGGUGGCGCCACAUGCCGCCCGUCAGCCAACCGAUGAGUUUUUCGCGCAAAUUCCAUCAUUGACCUCUAACCUGCAUGUCUUAAACUACAUCAACCAUAAAACCACUAGCAAAGUUUUCCUACUUCUUUUUACGUUAGUUCAAUGGUGCACUUUAUGUAUCCGUGCAUGUGUUGAGCUGUGCUAACCGUGCUGCUGUAGCUCGCGUCUUGCAUUUCCUUCAGUAUAUGGAAGGUUUACAUCAGCGUUUAACCGAUUCACAGCGACGCAGUGCUAAAUCGAUAUAAAAAGAACAUAAAAUAGUUCCAUUAGUUUUGUAUUAUUUUGUACACAGACUGUGUCGGAAGAGCUCUUGAUCGUUUGGUUCUAUUUUGAGUACUUUUAAAAGUGACCUUUUUAGCUUCAAUAUAUGUAGCUCAUCCUAUGGUUUUAUUUCUUUCCAUGAACCAUAUCUCCAAAGAUCACUCUGGCCUAUCAGAAUGUAAACAUUGUGGAAGAGUGUCACAGAGUUGCACACAUUGAGAUUGUUUUUCGCGAACAAUGUCAUAUAGUUUAGCAAAAGGGCUGAAGCAGAGGAUCCGCAAGGUUGGCGAUGAACAUUUCCGAAAUUGCGAUGUUAAAGGCUUGGUUGGCAGAAUCGUGGGAAGUUGUCGAUUUCGCGCUCUCGGGUGAAUCUUUACAGUUACGGAAAACAUAUGUACGGAAAGGAAACCUGGGUUAGACUUUAGUUGUCAAACGCUAUGCACUCGAACUCACCUUUACACAUCUUCGUCCAAAGCACAACGUUUUUGUCAGCUAGCUCCUCAUACGAAAUCCUCUGUUACAACAAGCGUGGGAUCAGCUCACCUCUUGAGAUCAGUACCUAUAAGGUUCAUGAACUGAAAGGCUGAUCUCUGAUCAUUCGGUUUAGAGCUACAAAGUCCCUUUAUUUGCUAGCUGUCGCGUUAUUGUCAAAGGCAGCUUUCACUGAAGUAACGUUGUUCUAUUUUGUCUAGAACGUUUGUUCGAUUUUCUUGUAGGUGUUAGGUAAUGCAUCUAGCAGAGGUGUUACUGUUUGAAAUGUGGUUUUAAAAUAAUAACAAAACAAACAAUAAAAAAAUGUUAUCUAUGACAUGAUGUCGUGCCACAGUUUUAUAGUGACGCAGGUUGUGCUUGUUUGGUUGUGGAGUGUUUUUGGACAAUAGCGGUCACUGGUAUGAUUAGUCUGUGGUGUUUCUUCACAACAUUCAGCAUCUUUUUACCCAGCUUACAGUACUUCUAACCAUUGAAACUUGAACUUGAAUGGAUUAAUGUAGAAUUAUUGUUACAUCAUAAUUUAUUUGUCGGAUUCCUUUUAGCGAUAUGAAUUCAGAGGGUGAAUCUCACUUAACGGGUCAAGAGAAAUCUGAAGCAAGAAAUAAAACAUAUUUGGCUUAAGUAAAGUGAAGCCUGUUUAGGAACAUUAAAAUAUAAAAAUGCAAUGCACAAAAUUGUCAUAAUAAUUAGAUAUUAUUCAAGGGUGCGCGGAUUAAAAUGUUAAAAUCACAGCGUUACAGUAUUUUUUACUGUAAUACCUUGAAAAGAAAUUGCCUUUUGGGUGGCAAUGCACCCCAGCAUGUUUUUGUGAGAUUCACCCAAAAUCCGCCCUUUUUAUUUGGGUAACUUGUCCAUAAAGCCCUUACUGGGAUGAAAGUAUCCUUGUCUUUGUGGAAAAAAGUAUUAAAAACAGCAAAGUAUUAAAAUCUAAAUGGGUCAAUUAGAUAUUUUAUUGUUUUUACCUGCUCCUUAAAGUGAUGUUUAGAAAUAGUGUUUUGUUUGUUUAUUUAGUUUUUAUACAUUUAACACAGCUGUCCUGUAUCUGCCCAUAUUUUUCAUAAGUAAAUAAACCACCAAAAUGAUAACAUUACCUUUGUUAGGCUAACUUGGGACAAAAAAUAGAUGUAUGACCAGUUUCUACAUAGUGGCUUUUUAUUAAUAACAUAUUGUUUAAAUUCAUAGUGAUGGAACACUGUCCUGUUGACAAUACAAUGUUGAAAUGUUUUAAAUAAUUGAACAUUUUUAAGUUUUUGUAAUGCUGUUACACAUGCCGUUCGUGUUUUAAGCUUGCAAGAUUAGCAGACCCCAAACUUGUAACAAUGUGGUUAAUCAACCAUUACUUUUUGCAUUCGGGUUUAAAUUUGAAAUGGAUGCAAAGGAUUGGAAAAAGAAGCAUCACUGCCAAAGAGUGUAAGCUUUUGUGUUUUUUGUGUACAGUUAAAAGAAAAGCUUUUCAGUAUUUAUGGAGCAGUUUGGGAUUUGUCAAGUACAGAAUUUUCCCAAAUGAUUCAUUUUUAGUCUAAAAUAAAAGCGUUUUGACGCGCUACAUUCCAUUCUGUUUUUUAACUAUGAAAUGUCUCUUUACCCGUGUGAUGUUUGGAGUCAGGUCAUUGCCUGGCUGUAUCUGUCCUAGUACCUCUGUACCUGUGUUGAUUUGUAAUGUGUAAUGUUCUAUAGAAACCAUGAAGUGGAUGUGAGCCUUCUGAUUGGUCAACAAAUGAUCUGAGCAGCCAAUCAAAAUGAAAUCUGUCCACUUCAAAUACUUCGUCAAUGUAUCACAACCUGUUCACGGGAUAGUAGGCCUGAUUUCCACAAGCUUUGGAUUAAAACAGCAGAUUCGGCCAAAGUUAGUUUACGUAACGAUAAUAACCCAAGAAUAUUUAGACACGGAAGACCAAGAAGCCAAGCUUGUGGAGAAGUAUUUUUGCACAUGCAUUUAUCUUUUAGCAAUCUUCAGCUCUUUGCCUUUUUGCCUCUAGACGAUGAUGCUUGUACAUAUCCAAAGUGCUUGUAAUAUGAACUUAUGUUACUUUAUCGUGUUCUUUUUUUAUUUGACAUGUUUUGUAGUACUGCUUUUUCAUAAUUGAGUUGUCAAUCAAUAGAUGUGGUAUGGACAGUGGAAGUGUUACUUGUGUUCUUUUUUUAUUUAAUAAACACACCUGAUUUGUA